AGCUGAUUAAUUUAAAAGAAAUUAAUUCAUGUUGCACACAUUGAAAAUAAAAUCAUUAUUUUGUUUUUGAUAAUGAUAUCUGAGUUAUGUAUCAUAUUAGAUACACAUGCUACUAACAUUGUUGUCAGCAUUUUUAUUUUUGUGGGAACUCAACUUCAUAUUUCUUUGUACUGAAAUGUCUGCUUUUUUCCUGUCACAGCGACCAGAUCUGUUUAAAAAAAAAAAAACCUUGUUCUUCAUUCCUUACUUUCUGUCUUUCAAAAGAGGGAAGUAAAGGCUGUCUUAAGAAACAGUGUCUUCUGCCUCUGAUUCCUUAAAGGGUGCAGAGUCCUUGUGAGUAUGGCGAGUGCAGAGAGUCCGGCAGAGAUCUCAGGGACUGGGCUGGUGGUGGCUUGUGUGAUCCUCAGCCUCUCUUUUCUGGUAGGGGCUCCUGGGAAUCUGCUGGUGAUCUGGACCAUCCUGAAGCAUGUCAAGAAGCGCUCCCACACAGUGGUGCUCAUCCUCCAUUUGGCUAUCGCAGAUCUCCUGGCGCUCAUCACCCUGCCCUUGUGGAUCUACUCCUUGGCAAAUUCCUGGAUCUUUGGACAGGUCAUGUGUAAGGCCACGGCCUAUGUCGUGAAUGCUUGCAUGUACAGCAGUGUGUUCCUUCUCACCAUUAUGAGUGUAGAGUGCUUUGUGGCUGUUCGUUACCCCUUUGCCUCUGUUGGCUGGAGAAGAAAACAAGCUCUGCAUAAGUUGCUGUUUGGUGUCUGGGUGGCGUCCUUUCUCCUCAGUAUCCCAGUCAUUCCCUCGCAAUUGUUGGGUGAUUAUGCAGACCUAAAGAUGUGUACCUUUAAGCAGUACAACUCUGAUACAGAAGAAAUUAUAUUUUUGCUGCUUGAGACACUUGUGGGCUUCAUCACUCCGCUCACCAUUUUGGUGAUCUGUUAUGGCUGCCUGUACAGUCGCAUUGCCCAGAUGAACUUCAAGUCCAAGCGCAAGUCGACAGGUCUAAUUGCGGCAGUGGUUGUUGGAUUUGUCAUCUGCUGGACCCCUCAUCACAUUGGGAACAUCCUCUCCCUGGUCAACAUUGGCAUCCAAAGAUCUCAUCAGGAGGUGGCCAAAAAUGUUGAGGAGGUUAGAGAAACCAUGACCUUCAUAGCGGGAGCCUUGGCAUUUGUCAGUAGCACCAUUAACCCAGUGUUGUAUGUCUUUGCUGCGCGGUCCUUUCGAAGUUCACUGCGUGAGACAGGGAUACAGAAGCUUUUCCGCCACAUCUCCAGCACAGCUACUGGUGAGGGAAAUAAAGACUUAUGUUUCACGUCCAAGAAGCAGACCUCUCACACCCAGUCUUCACAGUGCCACACGGAAUCAAAAGUUCAAAUAGAUCUCCACAUAGAUAUCUGUGAUCAAACCUCAACUUGAUCAUAUGAGAUUUUGUUGUGUUUUUGUUUAAGGGUUUUUAGCAUAAUCAAUUUGCAAGGUAAAAAUGAGCUUGACUAAAGGUGACUGUAUAACAUUUAUGCAUAUAAGUAGGUAUCAUUUAAGGACAGAAUUCAAUUCUGAUUAUAGAUGUAUUUUUAAUUAUAAUUUGCAUCCAUUUGUAUUUUUACAAACUUCUGAAGAAUAUCCAGACUAUCCAGAUAUUGUAUAGUUUUAUAGUAGUAUAGUAGUUAUAGUAGUAUACUGUUAAGUGUAAGUGUGUGUUCAUUUCAUUCGUUUCAUCAUCAUUCAUUUCAUGUUACCUCAUUAUUUUGAAGUUUUAAUAUCAAUAGUUCUAGUAGUAAACGUGUUAACAGCUGGGAAGAUUAAACCAGGUAACAUGAGUAAAUAGCUGAAUGGACUGUUUUUUUUAAAUGUGCAGUGGUAUGUGCUUGUCUGCACGUCACUUGCAUGUUCUGUGAUAGCACACAUCUGCUUUCAGUGGAUUUCACAAUUACUAGUGCGUGUGCAUGUGUGUGAAAAGAGGAAACAAGUACUCAUGUCACACUGUUUUUUGUCCUUGAGUUCAUUUGCUCUGGGGUAUUGUGUAAUUUAAGCUUACCUUUAUUUUUCAUUUUACAAUGUCCAUGUGUUGUUAUUGUAGUAACUAAACUUGGAUUAAACUAAACUAUGGAUUAAAUGUU